CUGUCAGUCCGGUGUGUCCGUCCAGCAGCAGUUUAUCACACGUUUUAUAUAACCCGCGGACGCGUUUAAAGACGCAGAUGAUACGGCACCGGAUCCUCACCUGUGAGGCUGGAGGGCAGCUGUGGGUUCUUUUACAAUGAGCUUAACGGACUUUACCUGCAGACGUUUCACUUCAUGUGAGUUGGAAUGACUGACCAGCAGCGUGGCGUUGUUCUGAUUUCAUUCACUGGGGACAAAUCGCUGUUGAAAGCGUUCUCUGUCGUUUGUGACCCCGUGUUGAACCACCACAGGGGGGAGUGUGACAGCAAAGCGGCGCUGGCAUCUGACAGGUGAACACACAAGUUUAAUUCACUAAGUCACAUGAUGGACAUCUCGGCUGUGAUUCAUGGAAUGCUGCUUUUGCUCGUUUCCAACAACAAUAACGCUUUUUAAACUUUGAAACGCGACUUUUCCUGCACAUUUUUUCACACCACAUCAGUUGACAAUUUAUAUAAAACAUUUUCGGGAACACGUUUGAAAACCGGAUUUAUUUUGGACAUUUUCCUUCAUCCAGAGGAGCAGAAACGGCUGAACAGCUGCUGUCACUCCGCGGAGAUGGGUGGUUAGACUCUGCCUUUUAAAACAUCACCAAAAACUUAGAGACAUCAUGAAGAGGAAACCAGACUCCCGCUGAGGUACAAGAGGAAACCAGACUCCCGCUGAGUUCACACAGAUAAAUAAUUCAGCUGUGGUGGAAACGGACUACCUGCUGGUCAGAGGAUGGCCUGUUGGAAGGAGGGUGCCACCCUCCUGCUGGUUCUGCUGGUUGUGCUUGACCUACAAGUGACCACUGGGCGACCGUCUCACCACCGCAGCUUGAGACGUCAAACUCGAGGGCACCAUGAACAGUGGGCACAGCAGAACAUCACACUGGCUGUCAUCUUACCUCAGAGCAACACAGCUUACCCAUGGGCUUGGCCUCGCAUCGGUCCUGCCCUGGAGCGGGCUGUCAGAACCGUCAAUGCCAACCCCACCCUGUUGCAUGACCACCACCUCACCUAUGCCUUUAAGAGUAGUGAAAACAAAGAUGGCAUCUGCUCUGAGUCCAUUGCUCCGCUCAUGGCUGUGGAUCUGAAACUUGCCUACGACCCGUGGGCUUUCAUCGGGCCUGGGUGUUCCUACACCUCCGCUCCUGUUGGCCUCUUCACCACCCACUGGGAUGUCCCCAUGGUUACAGCGGGCGCUCCAGCCGUGGCCUUUUACGGUGGAGUAUAUCCUUCCAUCACCAACACUGGCCCCACCCACAAGAAGCUUGGGAGGUUUGCUCUGCGGAUCUGCGAGAACUUUGGAUGGCGGGAGCACGUGAUGCUCAUGUUCAGUGACAAUAAGGUGGAUGAUCGGCCAUGUUACUUCGCCGUGGAAGGUCUGUACACGGAGUUGAAGAGCAUCAACAUCACGCUCGUGGACAGGGUGUUUGAAGAGAACAAGGUGCCUAUCAACUACUCCCAAAUCCUCUCCGACAUUGAGAACGACGGCCGAGUGAUGUUUGUCUGCUGCUCCCCGGACGUCUUCAGGAAGCUGAUGGUUCAGUUCCGGCAAGCAGAUCUUCCUCACGAGCAGUACGUCUUCUUCUACAUUGAUGUGUUUGGAGACAGCCUGAACUCCAAGCACCGGCAGCCAUGGGCACGCGGAGACGAGGAUGAUGCCAUCGCCAAGGAGGCCUUCCAGAGCGUGAAGAUCCUGACAUACAGAGAGCCUCAGAACCCCGAGUACCGAGAGUUCGUCAACAACCUGAAGACAGACGCCAGGAAAAUGUUCAACUACACCAUAGAGGACACGCUGAUGAACAUUAUAGCUGGGGGUUUCUACGACGGUCUGAUGCUCUACACUCAUGCUCUAAACGAGACGAUGUCCGCGUCCGGCACUCGGCCUCCUGGGAAAGUUGUCACCAAGAGGAUGUGGAAUCGCACCUUCCACGGUGUAACGGGACUGGUCCACCUGGACGAGAAUGGAGACAGAGAGACGAACUUCGCUCUGUGGGACAUGAUCGACACCAACAUCAGCGCCUUCCAGAUAGUUCUGGUUUACAACAGCUCAGAGGAGCAGCUGACGGCUGUAUCGGGAACAACCCUGCACUGGCUGGGUGGAGUUUCUCCCCCUGAUGUUCCUGUCUGUGGCUUCAAGAACGACAACCCCAUCUGCCUGGCAAAGACGAUCACUAUCCACCAAAUGGUCUCCAUCGUGGUCUUCUUCAUCUUCAUCAUGACUCUUACUGUCGCUGUCUUCAUCUACAGGAGGAUGAAACUGGAAAAGGAGCUGGUGGCUCAGCAUUGGAGGAUUUCCUGGGAGGACAUCCAGAUCAGCAACCUGGACAAGGGGCUGCGCAGCGGCAGCAGGAUCACACUGUCACUGAGAGGCUCCAACUACGGCUCCCUCAUGACUGGAGAUGGAAACCUGCAGGUUUUUGCAAAGACUGGAUACUACAAGGGAAACAUCGUGGCUGUCAAAUACAGCAACAGGAAACGCGUCGAGCUGAACAGGAAAGUCCUGUUUGAACUGAAACAUAUGCGUGACGUUCAGAAUGAACAUCUGCUCCGGUUCAUCGGAGCGUGCAUCGACCCUCCCAACAUCUGUAUCAUCACUGAGUACUGCCCCCGAGGAAGUCUGCAGGACAUAUUGGAGAACGACAGCAUCACUCUGGACUGGAUGUUCAAAUAUUCCCUCAUUAAUGACAUCGUCAAGGGCGUGUCGUUUCUGCACAACAGUGUCAUCUUCUCUCAUGGUAAACUAAAGUCGUCCAACUGUGUGGUCGACAACCGCUUCGUCCUGAAGAUCACAGACUACGGUUUGUCCAGCUUUCGAUCGGAGAGCAACUCGGGGACGGAUGCUCAUGCCUACUAUGCACAGAGGCUGUGGAUGGCCCCGGAGCUGCUCAGGAUGGAGUCUCCUCCUCCUCAGGGAACUCAGAAGGGAGAUGUCUACAGCUUUGGAAUCAUCCUCCAGGAGGUGGCGCUCCGACGAGGAGCCUUCUACCUGGAGGGAGAUCCACUCAGCCCCAAAGAGAUCGUGGACCGGGUGGUUCUGGGCGAGUGGCCCUGCCUGAGGCCAACCAUCGACCCUCAGAGCCACAGUCCUGAGCUGGGUCAGCUGAUGCAGCGCUGCUGGGCCGAGGAGCCGACGGAGAGACCAGAGUUCAACCACAUCCGACUGCUGCUGCGCAAACAGAACAAGGAGUCACGGACCAAUAUCCUGGACAACCUGCUGUCCCGUAUGGAGCAGUACGCCAACAACCUGGAGGAGCUGGUGGAGGAACGAACACAGGCUUAUCAUGAAGAGAAACGCAAAGCUGAGGCACUGCUCUACCAGAUACUACCACAUUCCGUAGCGGAGCAGUUGAAACGUGGUGAGACGGUUCAGGCUGAAGCUUUCGACUCGGUCACCAUCUACUUCAGCGACAUCGUGGGUUUCACAGCGAUAUCUGCAGAGAGUACACCGAUGGAGGUGGUGACGCUGCUGAAUGACCUCUACACCUGCUUUGAUGCCAUCAUCGACAACUUUGAUGUUUACAAGGUGGAGACCAUCGGCGAUGCCUACAUGGUGGUGUCUGGGCUGCCGGUAAGGAACGGGAAGCUGCACGGCAGAGAGAUCGCACGCAUGGCCCUCGCCCUGCUGGCCGCCGUCAGGACAUUCAAGAUCCGCCACCAACCAGAAGACCAGCUGAAGCUGAGGAUAGGAAUACACAGUGGGCCGGUGUGUGCAGGAGUGGUGGGUCUGAAGAUGCCUCGUUACUGUCUGUUUGGUGACACCGUCAACACGUCGUCUCGCAUGGAGUCCAGCGGCGAAGCGCUGAAGAUCCACGUGUCGGCAGCGACCCGUGACGUACUCCUAGAGUUCAACUGCUUCCAGCUGGAGCUGAGAGGAGAGAUUGACAUCAAGGGCAAAGGGAAGAUGACCACCUACUGGCUUCUGGGAGAGAGCCAAUGACAAAACAGUUUGGACAAGAGGACAGCAGGCAACAGAGAGGAUGAAGAAACAGGCGGAGAACAAAGAGUGGGAGGAGAGGAUGUAGAGGAAGGAGCAGAGCAGCGUGGAAGGUGUGGGAGAAAUGGAGAUACAAAGGAGAGAAGGUGCUGAAUGAGGGAAUAGAGGAGGAAAUGGGGGGUAGGGGGUAGAAAUGAAGCAGAGAGGCAUCUCCUCAGACGUCCACGGUCCUCUUUGUCCUGCAGCAGCGGACUCAUCACCUCUGGGUUGUUUCUCAUGUCUGAACAAAAGGGCUUGGCUCGUUUCAGACUCCACAACACGGAGGGAAACAACGGUACAUUCCCAACAAAUAUGAAUGAAAACAUGCAAAACCUCUACAGGGCAAGUGUGCAAGUGAAAAACCGAACCACAGACGGAGGAAAAAGAAACACAGCGUGGAGGCUCUGAUAACAAUGACAGAGGAAAACAUACAGAACCAGGAAUCGCACUGUACCAACGAAGGGCUGAAAUGGUGUAAACAAAAGAGCUGCACAGACAACAUGGACAGACUCUGGUCCGAGUUCCAGAUCCUGUCCUUUAUAUGUUGCACCUGUGCCAGUUAAGCUGAGCUUUACAGAGAAAAUCAGAGCAUGGGUUGAUUUGAAUUCCCUGCCUCAGAGGCUCAAGACCGGAAAGUCGAGCAGCAAAGAAGAUUCUUUUGUGCUCCACUGCUUUCUAGAAGUUUAAAAUGUGUCUCCAGCAGCCCAGCAUCAGGUCUUACUGGGACCAUCUCACCCACUGGGAUCAGGGAAGCAGCUGCUUUCUAACGGAGGCGUGGGGGGGAUUAAGCACUGUAUAUCUGCCAAACCAGCCAGUUGGUCCUCAUCACUAAAGCCUCUUCAUUUACUGUUUGAAAAGACUGCUAAUAAAAGCAUAAAUAUUACCUGGGUCACCAAUUCAUACUGGGCCAAUUAAUGUUGAAGGAUGAAAAAACGCCCACUGAUACUGGUUGGUGCCACAGCUGCAGCGGGUUUUCAUCCCUCAGUGAGUUCAUUCUCCACUCUUCAACAGGCAGCACACAGGUGAAGGCUAUGUGUUCUCUAACAUAAGAACAGACUUCCAGGAUGAAGACUAACUUCAAUUCACUUCAAUUUCAUUUGUAUAGCACCAAAUCACAACAAAAGUUAGGUCUAGACCUCACUAUUAUCACAAAG